AUGGGGUUACAGUCCACCGCUUUAAACUCAGCCAUCCUAUCUGUGGCCAUCACACGUUGAUUUUUCUCUACCAACCAUAAAGACAUCGGCACUCUCUACUUAAUCUUCGGCGCCUGAGCCGGGAUAGUGGGUACCGCCCUUAGCCUGCUCAUUCGAGCAGAACUUAGCCAGCCUGGCGCUUUACUGGGGGACGACCAAAUUUAUAAUGUAAUUGUUACCGCUCACGCCUUCGUAAUAAUUUUCUUUAUGGUUAUACCCAUCAUAAUCGGAGGCUUCGGAAACUGACUUAUCCCCCUCAUGAUCGGGGCCCCCGAUAUGGCUUUCCCACGAAUAAACAACAUAAGCUUCUGACUCCUUCCUCCCUCCUUCCUCCUCUUGCUAGCCUCUUCAGGCGUAGAGGCCGGUGCCGGCACCGGGUGAACCGUCUACCCCCCUCUCUCUGGAAACUUAGCCCACGCAGGUGCAUCCGUUGACUUAACUAUUUUUUCCUUACAUUUAGCCGGCAUUUCUUCUAUCUUAGGCGCAAUUAACUUUAUCACAACAAUUAUUAAUAUGAAGCCUCCCGCCAUCUCUCAAUACCAAACACCCCUCUUCGUGUGGGCCGUGUUAAUUACUGCCGUUCUUCUACUUCUUUCGCUUCCUGUACUAGCUGCUGGCAUCACUAUGCUCCUCACGGACCGGAACCUUAACACCACCUUCUUCGACCCCGCCGGCGGGGGAGAUCCAAUCCUUUACCAACACCUCUUCUGAUUCUUUGGGCACCCCGAAGUCUACAUUCUUAUUCUCCCCGGGUUCGGCAUGAUCUCCCACAUUGUAGCAUACUACGCCGGUAAGCAGGAACCUUUCGGCUACAUAGGUAUAGUCUGAGCUAUAAUAGCCAUCGGGCUCCUUGGCUUCAUUGUGUGAGCUCACCACAUAUUCACAGUGGGCAUGGAUGUGGACACACGCGCCUAUUUUACAUCCGCCACAAUAAUCAUCGCCAUCCCCACAGGCGUAAAAGUCUUUAGCUGAUUAGCAACCCUCCAUGGCGGGACAAUCAAAUGGGAGGCCCCCCUUCUCUGAGCCCUCGGAUUUAUUUUCCUAUUUACAGUGGGUGGCCUAACAGGCAUCGUCCUGGCCAACUCGUCCCUGGACAUUGUCCUUCAUGACACUUACUACGUAGUAGCACAUUUCCAUUAUGUACUUUCUAUGGGCGCCGUUUUCGCUAUUGUUGCCGCUUUCGUACACUGGUUCCCCCUAUUCACAGGGUACACUUUACACUCCGUUUGAACAAAAAUUCACUUCAUAGUUAUGUUCAUCGGAGUAAACCUGACCUUCUUCCCCCAACAUUUCUUAGGGCUAGCCGGAAUGCCCCGGCGAUACUCAGACUACCCCGACGCAUACACCCUGUGAAACACCGUGUCCUCCAUUGGGUCCCUAGUUUCUUUGGUCGCCGUCAUCAUAUCCCUAUUUAUUAUUUGAGAAGCAUUCGCUGCUAAACGUGAAGUAUCCUCCGUAGAACUCACCACAACUAAUGUAGAGUGGCUCCACGGCUGCCCCCCACCAUACCACACAUUUGAAGAACCCGCAUUUGUGCAGGUUCAUUGCAACUAA